UAGGUUAUGCACCUAAGCAGCGCAAUUUCCCACUCCGCCUUGAGGUGGGCGGAGGCGCUCGUUUGGUGACUGAAAUUUACUCCAUUCCACUACACUAACACAGGCAAUGUUUUCCAAAAAGCCAAAGGCGGGAAGGUCCAAAAAUUUGAAGACGGACUCAAAACAACCCGCUUCUGAAACCCAGGAGUUGCAGGACGACAACGUGAGCCAAUUGUUGAGUGUUACUAUAGCGGCAAUCGGCAUUACAAGAGACCUCGUUCCUAUCGACCUGGCGAGAGGUAUCCUCGGAACGGUUGCCAACAUUUUGAUUAUCGCGCAGUCGGUGAUCAAGAAUAAGUCCGAUUUUCUGGCGAUAGUCAAGAAAUGCGAAACUAUCAGGAAACGACUCGAAAGAGCGACCAAGGAUGCUACCGAAGAUGAUCUGCAAGGGUCCUUGGGGGAGGCCUUGUCUGAGCUUAACAUAUCAGUUAACCGCAUCUAUACAGAAGUGGCCUUAAAGAAGGAGCAAGGAUUUUGGAAGAGUCUCUUCUCUGUCACGAUCGAUCGCGACCAGAUCGCUGGAUGGGAGAUGGAUCUGGAUCGCGUCCUCGCACUCUUCAAUUUUGAACUGACUGCUGGCAUUGCGGUUGGUAUGAGGAAGCUACUCAAGGGUAAUGCUGCUGGUAUCACUGCUCCAAAGCAUCGCCCAACUGAGCCUCCGUCACGGCCUGCUAUGUUUUAUGGCCGCGAUGAUCUUGUGGCAGAGUUGACGAACCUCGUUGUCAAUGAUGAGCAUAUUGCAUUGAUCGGUCCGGGGGGCAUGGGAAAGAGUUCUCUUGCCAAAGCCAUCCUCAACGAGCCACUCGUCACGGAGAAAUUCACUGAUCGGCGCUUCUUCGUGGCCUACGAUGGCCUCGAUCCUUCGACCAUCACUUUCGAGACUUUUAUGACUCGUUUCGCGGGAGCCCUUGGCACAGAAAUUGCUGGUGCUGAUCCCGUGCGCCAAAUAUCUUCCUUUCUUCGUUCUGCCAGCGCCCUCAUUGUCCUCGACAAUGCUGAGACUUUCGAAGAGGCCAGUGCAUCGUCGACGCUGAGAGAGAUACCACCAGCUAUUGCUGAGAUUGCUAAUAUAUCUGGCGUCAUUCUGGUCCUCACGUCACGCAGUAGGAGGAAUGCGCCGAACGUGCAUUGGAUAACGAAGGAUAUCCCGCCGCUGGACUUGAGCUCUGCUCAACGAGUGUUCCUCCAGAUUUAUCACCACGCCAGUCGUAGCGAUGCCGAAGAAGACAUAAAAGGCCUGCUCAAGGAAUUGGAUUUUCACCCCCUUUCCAUCAAUAUACUCGCGAAUGCCGCACAGCAAAAUAGCUGGUCUCCAGCCACGCUGCUCAAGAGAUGGAAGGAUCGGCACAGCAAGGUGCUCGACGCCGGAAAGGGGAAGCUGCAAAGCUUGUCAGACACCAUGGAGCUGUCACUCAGCUCGCCGUCGGUCCUUGAUCUCGGAGCGGACGGUCGUCGUGCUUUAGCGAUUAUCGCAUUCUUGCCCCAGGGUCUCAACGAGGACCUGGCUAGUGAUUUGUUGCCAUCGCUUCCGCAAGUCGAUGCUAUAUGCGAUGUUCUAUGCAUGCAAUCACUUGUUUAUCGCCAAGACAAGUUCAUCAAGAUGCUCGCACCCAUUCGACAUUAUGUGCAAGAUUCAUUGCCCCCACCUGACUCCGCGUGUUUGCAAGAGAUAUAUGCGUUGUACGAUGACGUCAUCGACUGCUGUUCAAAUGAUCGUGAUCAGUAUGCUGAUAUCAUUAUCUCGGAUCACCUAAACAUCGAACACGUAGUUGCUUUCAAACUUGCCCACGUCCCAGAUGGCACAGGAGAGAUCUAUGACGUUUGCUGGCGGUUUUUGUGGUGCUUGGAGAUGCAUCUGCCUCGUCCGACUACCCUUACCCUCGCUAUUUCUAACAUCGUCGAGAACUCCUCCACGUGGAUGCUAAAAGCAUGCUGUUUGUCAACUCUCGGGGAGCUCUACAGUACACUUUCUCAGCUCGCUGAAGCAGUACGGGCCUUUCAAGCUGCCGAGGCACUCUACCUCGCCGUCGACGACCUCGAGAGCAUGGCGUAUUGUCUUACAAGCCGUGCAGACAAGCUGAAAUGUCAAGGUCGCUAUAUUCAAUCCCAGAAUCUCUUAGAGGAUCUUCAGCACUCCGACUCUUGGAAGUCACUCAGCGAACAUAGGAAAGCCGAAGCUUGGCGCGCCUUGGAUAGAGUCCGGAUGUACACAUUCACAGUGUCUGCGGAUCAAUUAUUUGUGAAACCCUCAGAAGAUCGUGUCUGGGACUUGCGAUCCAAGAUUUGGCACUGGCGGGCCAAAUUGUAUCAUGGGGCAGACACUGUCCAGGUGCACACACACUUAGAUGACCUGAUCCCGCAAUGCACCGGAGAUGUCUUCGACCGCAGGGACGUACUUGAGGGGCUUGCAGAAGCUGCAUUUUGCGAGGACAAGUUAUCUGACGCAAUGGAUAAUCUACAGAAAAUCGUAGACAUGUUCGAGGGAGGACAUUCGGGCGAUGCUUACUGGUUCACCGUCCGGAAGGCUGUUGUCCUGAGCAAGCAGGGGAAUUAUGACCUUGCGAGGGAGCUCAUCCACAAAUCCUCAGGAUCCUUCCAAUUUUUGGCGCUGUGUAAUGCACAUACAUUCCUCCAACAAUCAUAUAGCUCAGCAUGUAUAGAGCUCACCGCAGGCGAGUACGACAGGGCUGCGUCUCAUUUCACCGCCACAAUCGAAGGUUGCAAUAUACAAGGCAACCUAGAUAUCAAGGCACACAGCAUCCGUGGACUGGGCGAGGUUGCCUUUGCAUAUGAUAACUUUACUUUAGCUGCAGGGCGCUUCGCGGAGACACGGGCUUUGUGCACUGAGAUGGGAGUGAGUGCGCGAAAUUUGUACAGUUGCUUCCCGUUCGAUGCUUUGCCGGACAGAUUCAAAGGAUGGGAGUUGUUUUUGGAGGGUCGGUCACCAUUUGUGAAUAUUUAGAUAUCGAUCAUGAUAUGAUACAGUAAGUUACCGUUGUACACCAAGUUGUAACUUCAUUGUAUCUCGUACGAUUUACCCGGAGCAGUUGAUAACCUCGUAUUCAUGGCAUAACAUUAACCACACGGCCGGUCCACAUCAGGUCGCAGGGAAGAUCCCAUUCAUUUCCGAUACCGAAAUCAGUUGUGCUUCAGGGCAGACUGAUGAAUGUUCAUCGAAGCCCCGACUCUUCAAGUUGUCAACGCAUCCAUCUGCCAGUGUUAUAGCCAACAUCUAUAGUUGUCUGCCAGUGUGCAAGGAUGGCGAAGGCACCAUUG